AUGGAUUCAAGCAUACUUGAUUAUGCUAGAUUUUAUCACGAAUUUAAACCGAAAAACCCAAACCCAAAUGUAGAAAUAGAAGCCGAAUACCUCAAGUUACAAGGUAAGCAGCAUUCAACGUACAUUUAUUGGGAGAUAGUUGGAGGGUUUGACUACAUUCGCUGUAGAGUUUCCAUAGACACUUACCGCACUAAUGCAAAUGUUGCCGCUUCAGCUUAUUAUAGUAAUUUGGAUUUGACAGAUAAAAAGGGUAAAAAUGUGAUACUAACAAGGAAUUCUGAACAUAAUCUUUCAAAUAACAAUUUUACAUCUAUUGUAAAAUCAGUAUUAAAAAGAGAUAAAGUAUCGGAUGAUGAGUGGAAAAAACGUUUAAGGAAAGCUAGAUAUCAUUUACAAAUUCAUGAGGACAUCACUCAUUUGGAAAUGAUUCGUCAAUCCUAUCAGAUUUCAUUUGCAGUGUUUGGAGUUAAUGAGUCCGUCUACCCGUGCCUAGCUAGAAAUAACGAUAAUGAUAAUGUAAUCGAGGAUGUUUCUUUAAGGACAAGGACAAGUGUGAACCUAAUACGACAAUUGAUAUUAGCAAAGGCCAAUCCUAUUCAGAAUUAUAACGCUGAAGUAGAUAAGGAAAAGGUUAGAGAAAUGAUGAUUAAGAUGUAUCGUACGAAAAAGGAAAAAGUUUUGGCAACAGAAGAGCUCAAAGAAAUGUUUGGAAACCUUGAUAUUAUUGAAGAGGAUGAAUGGGAACAUGAUGUUUAUGGAGAAGGCGUGUAUGAAAUUGAUGAAGGUAGUGAUGUAUCAAAUUCUGAAGAGGAUGGUACAUCUGGUGCAGCAGAAGAAGCUGUGGGAAGUGCUAUCGGUAUGGAUUCAAUGAAAUUGAUGGGUCAGGCAAUCAAACUUGAAGCCGAAGCAGAAUAUCAGACGAGAAAAGCGCAGGAACAGGCUCAAGAAUUUGGAGAUAAUGCUUAUCAAUCGGUUAAAGGAACAUUUGGUAAAUUCACUGGAGGGCAAAAUGAAAAUGAUGAAGAAGCCAAUAAAAAAUAA